CUGCACCACACCCCGCACACGAGGCAACGACUGAACUCACAGCAACUGUGCAUCCUCGCUUUCAUACGAUCUCACCAUGAGCACAGGCACAGCCGCCCCAAACUCCCCCUACUCCUCCUACUUCAGGAGACGGCUGAUUGGCCGUGCGUCGUCGCCACCUACAUGGGCUUGCUACGAGCAGAUCCCAUAUGACGACGAGGAGGACGAGGACGAUGAUUAUACUGAUAGUCAGUCCGAGGAUAACUCGUGCUCGGAGGACGGCGAGGAUUACGGGCGUCCUUCCAGUAAUGACCCAGACGGCGACCGUAUCGAGAGGCAGGAUGAUACACAGAAUAUGGAGAUCGACCAUAAUGCUUGCGACGGUGACGACAAAUGCAACAACGAGAAGACGGGUUCACCUCCACCGCUGCAAUCCCUGCCCAAGAAGGACCUCAAGGGGAAGCAGCGUGCCGUCGAUCCGGAACCGGAGCCGACGAAGAGGCGGCACCGCAGAAAGGAACGCCGUCCGACACAUACCCUCCGCCCUAUCUUGACGAUUCAAAGGAGUCAGGGAUUUGUGUGGAAUCAGGAUUUGUUCGUUCCACCCUAUAUCAAGGAUCGAUACGUGGCGUCGACCUCACCUCCAGGCUCAAAAGGCUUUAUCUCUAAUUCGUGGUCGAAGACGUCCUCCAUGACGGAUUACGAAGUGGAAGUAGUCGAAAUCCGUGUCAGGGACGAUGAGCUUUACGAUAUCAUCCCUACCUAAAUUCCCUCUCGUUUCUUCUCUUUGCUCUUCCCCACUUUUAUUCUCUCUCUCUCUCUCUCUCACUGCAUCCUUUGAACUGGAAAGUGUACGUUUUCGCUCUCCAUCGGUUUUCGAAUGUCCGGCACGAUAUAGCAUUUCAACCAUCCACUUGGUUGCUUUUUCCCGUUUUCAUCCCGCUUUUUUGCGUUAUUUGUCCCUUCCUAGUUCUGUUUCCUCAUCAGCUUUCGGGGAAACCGAGCGAGGUAUUGUUGUUUCACUACUACUGUCCAUAAGGCUAAGUUGGAUAGACGGCAUGAUGUACACUGAAUCGCAUCCUAUACAUCCUUUACGAAUACACUUCUACCCUCUAUUUCCUAUAUGAGC